GAAGAGUAACUUAGUAAAAACAACAAGCCUUCAAGUCUGCAGCUUUUUCUUUGCAUGGAGAUCAGACAUUGCAAAAAACAAACCCUGUAUUUUUUUUAAUGUGAUCAACUAACGGCAACACAUCUUGAUGGGAGCUGUUUAAAGAGAGCGGACUUCUCCUCCCUCCCCCCCCCCUUAAAAAAAGGUUUCAAGUGACGUGAUUAUUUUUAUUUCCUGCGCUUUUUAAGAACGGAGCCGUGGUUUGACCUCGCUUGUCUUUUCAAAAUCAAAACCAUUGAGGGAAGACAUUGUGAGAACUGUGGCUUAAAUGCAUGGGCUAGGUCUGCGUCUUAUGGAAGUUCUGGGCUCGAAAUCUGAACAAGACACGUGUAAUUUCCGUCAGUCAGCGAUGCUUUUCCACGGAAUCUCGGGGGGUGAAAUGCAGGGAGUUAUGGAGGAGAUGGAAAGACGAUCCAAGAACGAGCCAGGAAUCAGCUCGGGGGUAGACAUGGGGGAGAGAGAAACGACUAUGCCGUCCAUUAGUAACGAGAGACCGGCUCUGUGUGCAGGCUGUGGGGGGAAGAUCUCAGAUCGUUAUUAUCUGCUGGCUGUGGACAAACAGUGGCACAUGCGCUGUCUCAAGUGCUGUGAAUGCAAACUGGCCCUGGAAUCCGAACUGACCUGCUUCGCUAAGGAUGGCAGCAUCUAUUGCAAAGAGGAUUACUACAGGAGAUUCUCCGUGCAGAGGUGCGCCAGAUGUCACCUGGGCAUCUCAGCAUCAGAAAUGGUGAUGAGGGCAAGAGACUUGGUCUAUCACUUGAACUGUUUCACGUGUACAACCUGCAACAAGAUGCUGGCAACCGGGGAUCACUUUGGCAUGAAGGACAGCCUGGUGUACUGCAGGAUUCACUUCGAGACUCUGAUUCAGGGGGAAUUUCAGGCUCACUUCAAUCACACAGACGUGGGCACCAAGAGCGGCGCUGCCCUGGGCCUACCAUUCUACAACGGCAUGGGCACUGUUCAGAAAGGACGGCCCCGUAAGAGGAAGAGCCCAGGACCGGCGGCUGACCUGACAGCUUACAACACAGCGUUAAGUUGUAAUGAAAAUGACGGUGACCACAUGGACAGAGAACAGCAGUACCCUCCCACUCAGAAGACAAAGCGCAUGCGCACCUCCUUCAAGCACCACCAGCUGAGGACCAUGAAGUCUUACUUUGCCAUUAAUCACAAUCCUGAUGCCAAGGACCUGAAACAGCUAGCACAGAAGACAGGGCUUACAAAGCGAGUUCUGCAGGUUUGGUUCCAAAAUGCAAGAGCAAAAUUCAGAAGGAAUCUAUUACGGCAGGAAAAUGCAGGGGUUGAUAAAGCAUCUGAUGGCACAGUACUUCAAGCAGCAACGCCGUCUGGCCCAGCAUCAGAAAUUUCCAACGCCUCUCUUAGUCCUUCAAGCACUUCUACUACUUUAACUGACUUGACUAACCCUUCUAUGCCAACCGUGACGUCAGUUUUGACGUCUGUGCCUGGUAGCCUCGAGGCCACGAAUCCCGAAGCCCUACACAAACUACUCUCACAAACCUUUUCUGAGAACUCUUUUACAUGAUUCCUAUGGAGAAGAGGAAAUUCUUAGUUUAAUUAUAACUGUAUUUUUAUUAGAUGCUUUGUACAACUGACUAACAGCACUAUGGAUCUGUACUGAAAACUGAGACAAGUCAAUGUUCUGGAAAAAAAAAGUUUACAAGCUGCGGAGAACUUUUGCAGAGUUAACUUCGAUGCCCUUUUGUGUAACUGUACAAUUUUGUGGACUGAACAAGGGAAUGAGAUCAAAAUCUGAACCAUUCAAUAAAGUUGGCUAGGAAUUAUGUGUACUCCUAAGUUUUCAAAGACUGUCACGUGCCUUAUACACUGUCUUAUAAACACACAAUGGACUGCAUCUGCAUUCAAUUCAGAUUUAUGGGGUUGAUUCUUACCAGUUGUCUUUCUGCUACAUUGAAGGUUCAGAAACCUUUUUAGAAUGUCAAAGUAAAAGGUCAGUAUCAAUAAGGUUGUGCUAAUGUGUGAAAAGAAAAGAAUAUUCUGAAUAUUGAAGGAUUGCUAUUUGAGGCUGAAAGCUAGGAAGGGUUGCAGUGUGUCAUAUCACCUUUGAAUUCAUUUGGGGUAAAUGCUAUAUCUUUGUGACCACUGCAAAUUCAGGGGUAUUUAACUGUUGCUUGGAAAGGUAGCAUUUGAUUUUAUUGGGCUGUUUCAAAAUCAAACCUUCAAUCAUUCCCUUUUGAUGUUGAGCUUUUGUCCCAUGUACAUUUGUUUUGCAUUAUUUAAUGCAUUCAUGUCUGGAGAUUGUUAAAUAACUUUAAAAUACUACAGGGUGCCCAGUUUAGCUCACAUAACAGACCGCAAUGCUUUCAAUGACAUGAAAAGCCUCUUUAAUGAGCCCAUAGCUGUCUGGGGGUGAAAUCAGAUAAUGCCAGUAAUAACAAGUAGACGUUAGCAGCUGAUUUUUUUUCAAUCUCCCCAAUCUUCUUCGGAUUGAAAUUCAUAGAUUGAAAAUUUAAACUCGAUUUGCAAAAUCAAUUCCAAGUCAUUCUGUCACAUUUGCUUGUUUUGACAUUAAAAACCUGGGGAAUAUUUUCCAAGUCAAUAGAAAAUAAAAACAGACGCAGUGUCUAACAGGCUGCUGUUUCACUAUGAGCCUGUAUUUUUGCAGCUGGCAUAGACCAAUUUCACCCCUUUUGGUUCUUGCCACUCUGAAGGAAUAUCCAUAAUGCAUCUUCUGUGAUAAAACACUCCUUUUUUAAGGUUAAUCUAUUUUACCUUUCCACUCUGGUUGCAUUUGGCUUAUUAGCUGAUGAUUUGCGACAGUAAGUUAUCUCAAUCUGGGCAAUGAAAUUAUCGUUCAGACUCACUUUAGCUGGUGACAUUAUGUUCAACUCCAUAUUCAUACAAAAUGCUUGGAAGACAGUAAUCUAUUGAUUCUUACCAACAAUGGAUUUACAGGAUUUCCUCUUUCAGUGGCAUUACUGUACUGUUAUGAAGUACUUUAUCGGGUCUCAAAUGGAUGGUUCCACUUGUUAAUUAUAUGAAACAAUUGAAAACAAUUUUGUGAUUGCUUUAUGUAGCAGAGGGAAUGCAUGAAAACUAUUGCAUUAGUCUCAGUAAAUCAGAGUUCUCAUUGACCAUCCUGCCCUUUGUGGAAAAAACUAUUAUGUCCAGAAAAUAAAGACCACAAUAUGGUAAAUUUUAUAUUUACAAUUUUAAAGUAAUAUAUUUAGAUUUAAUAACUUCAUGUUACCAAUACUUAAAAGCAGAAGUGAAAUGUUAAUAUCUUGAAACAGUAACUGUGCUGUCUUUUGCCAAUGGCAGAAGUUAUUCUAAUUGCAUAAAGUUUUGUUUCAGUUCAAAAACCUCACUAGCAAACUUUGCUGAUUAACUCUUCACUUUCCAUCCAUUUUGCCAAAAUAUUCUGACAAAACGAUUUUGUUUUUGACAUGCAAGAGUCACAGAAAGUCGAUUUUGUGUUUCCUUUUGGCUCUGCUUUUAUUGAGCACUGCUAAUUCCUUCUGUUGUGAUGGGAGGUUCAACGUGAUGUGUAAAACUGCCGUGAUUGCUGUCUGUGCAGCUCCAUGGUCAGCCAGCAGGAGGCAGGUUUGAAGGCCAGACCUGUCAAAUGUUCAGACAAACCACCUCACUAGUUCCCCGUGAUUUCCUGUUGACUGCAAGUCAGGCAAGUUUGAAUGAGUUGAAUAAUAGGCCUGAAUCCCUCUGUGCCUGCUUGUGAAUCUAGGGCUUAGUUUUUUGAAUUUCCAAGUCCUCAGAAUUCCAAUAAUUAGAACAAGAAUGUCUUAGAGAGACGUUGGGGGCGGGGGGCGCGGGGGUGUUGAAUAGUUGCUCAUUUUGUAAAGUUGUUACAUGAGUAAAUAACGUUUUAAAUUUAAGUUUGCAUAUGAGUUGGAUGAUAAUGGAUAAGAAGGGCUGCUUGUGUUGAAGGCAUCUGCCACACUGGUUAUUAUUUUGGAGAAACGAAGCGACUGUAAGCCUGUCUUCCAAAUAUAUUAAUUGGCAUUCAAUAAAAAUAAGAGCACAGUUUAAUGUCAACAUACAAGAGAUCCAAGAAGGCUGCAUUUGUGAUUACUGGGAUGGUUUUCAUUUCUCGGUGAUUUUUGCAAUCCUAUUUAAAGAUGUUUAACAGCAUACAGUCUAUAUGAAAAUAGUUAUGACAAAAGACACCAGGUUUGUAUUGGGUAUCCAAGACGUAAGAUGCCAACUUAACACCACAUGUCUAAUGUAGAAAUUGUUCAAAACUGAAACAAGCAUUUAGUUUGUAUAAAACACCGUUAAGUACAAUGUUGCCAAAUGGUAAUCCCUUUUGGAGGACCUCAAAUGCUUGUCAAGGGAAUUCUUAGUGUCAAUAGAUAAUUACAUUUACAACUUUAACCUUUAAUUUUAAAUUGAGGUACAGGUCCCCUUAUAGACAAGGGAAGUCUGAUAACUGUUGGGAUGUAGCUGCCAAGGGUCAUAAAAUGAUUAAUAAUAAUAUUUGUUAAAAUGAAAAGUAUCAGAAGUAUGGCAAAAUGUACAGUGGAAAAUAAUAUUAUAUAAAUAACGUUUUACUGAAAGUGUGGAUAUUUUAAAUACCACAUUGUGGAAUUAUAUAUUUUUAUUCUUUGAAUGUGAGUGGUAAUUUCACUGCCCAGAUGACUGUGACUUCACAUGUAUAAAAAUUCAGUGUGCCAUUUUCGAUGUGAGUGGUAGCAGGCAGAAACCAAACAUUCGUUUGAAGUCCCAAUUCCCUUUCUAAUCACAAACAUUGACUGUAGAGUAAAGGGGCUACUUCUCCCAGUGAGGUGAGUGGCAGUGGUUCACUCACUUAUUUUGAUAGCUAUCAAAAGUCAAUAGCAUCAGCAACACACAUAUGUUCUGCGUUUUUCACAAUGGUGAACCAGCUGUCAGAAUGCACUAUGGUACAGUUUGUGCAGUGUACACUAUCGGAAUUCAUGGUAAACUCAAGCCAAUUUGCCAAAAAUUGGAAGUAUUGUGGGUAUCAGUAUCUCAUGAUAAAAAAGGAAUUAUAGAUUGGUUAAACAUGUGUCAACUACAAAAUGGAUUACAUAUUUACAUCUUUUAGUAUUCUUUAAAUAAUGAAAACAAAAUGGAUGAACUAAGUAAAGUAAAGGUUGAAAAGAUAUUUGACUUUCCUAUUGAGGGAACUGGAAGUACAUUUAUAGCAGCAAGUUACACAAGAGAUAUGAUCAUACGUUUAUGAAGAGACUAUGGAAUUUCACAUAUACACUUUACUGAAAUUGCUGACCCUUUUUAUUGUUUUGAUGCUUGGUCUUGUCUGAUUAUGAAAAGCACGCUGGCUUUGAAUGCUGUACAUUUUCUAUUAUACCAAUUGUACUGUCCUGUACACAUUCUUGUACAGUUGAAUGUGAUGUAUUAAACAGUCUCCAUUUUUGUUGACACGUAUAAAUUAGCUUAACGUAAUUUACAUUUUUUAAAUGUUUCCUUGGCAAUGAAUUUUACCAACAAAUUCAUGUAAUUCAUACAAAGAAAAAAUUGUGGGCAUGUUUCCUAUGGCAGAAGGGCACACCCGUCUCAAAGAUUAAAGCUAUAAACCCAACAUGAUAUAUGUGAUAUAAUUACAAGAGGAAAAAAAACGUAACUCCCAUUUAGUUCGAGUCAUUGCCAUUCUUUCUUUCUUGAGAUAUGAAAGCUCUUAGGUUAAAGCAAAAGAUUAGACAUUACUUAGGGGUUAACCAAUUUGUAAAUAUGAUUUUUUUGCAGGUAGAGCAAGUAUUUGGGCCAAUUGAGACUGCCAUUCCCGAAGUUUGAAAUGUCCUAUCGUUAAAAGAAUGAAAAUUUUAAGACUGGAAACUAGGUGACUUCAAGACAGAGGUCAUUUGAAAAGUGAGCUGCUUAUAUUAGUUUACUAUAUUGAUGUUGAAAAAAUGUAAAAUGCUUGCUGGGCAUUUUUUCAAUUAGAAGAAAGACUGCUACAAAGGUACAAUACUUGCUCUUGCUGCAAAGUAGAAGGCAAACAAUGCUCCCAAAUGGGAAAUGUGCUAUCAAAUAAUAACAACAAUGAAUUCAUGAAUAAUAAUACAGUAGGUUCUUUCACAGUCUUCUGCAGUUAGAUCCAACCAGUGGCAUAAUACAAUAAACUACCCAUGACAGAGCUCAGCUAUUGUUCUUUAUCUAAAUACUGAGGCAUGCUUUUCUCAGUUCUUCUGAAAGAUACCUGGUUUUCAAUUUGUCCUCAUUAAAACAGGUCCAAAAUUGGAUGAGGUAAAUGUACACAGGCAGCUUUUUGAUUAAUAAAUCAAAGUCUUCACACAUGUUUAUGAUGAAAGAGUUCCUAUUGUCUGAAUUCAGUUGGCUUUAGUAUUUUUAGAUUUCUAGCUGCAUUGAAGAACUGACUAGAAUUUUGCAUUUGUGUAAAUCACGUAAUUUAUUAUACUGUUUUGGGAAAGCUCCAAUAACUCAUGGAAGUAAUGCGUAUAAGUUGGUCCCUUGACACUAAAGUACAACACUGAAAUAGAUAUUGAUCUGACUUCAGUUAAUAAAAGCUUUGUUCAGUAUGGCUGGAAAUGGUAUUGUUAGAUAAGUUCUUCAUUGUCAGUGUUUUGAUAGAUAUUAGAUGGAGGGAUAAUUAAUCUUUGCAGAUAUGGUGCAUUUUACAAAUUAAUGUUUCCUCAAUUUUUGCCUCCACAUCCUUGCCUUCACACAUGCUCCACCCACUGGAACAGUGUGCUCCAAGCUAUAGGUUCCCACCACAACCUUAACUAGUGGCCCUCCAUGAUUGCUGCUCAUAGUAUUCUGCAGUUAACCAACGCAAAACACAUUUGCAAAUGAUAUAUAAUGCUGCUUUUUUUCUCCUGUGAGAUGUAGUGAUUUAUUAUUAUGUACUGGUUUAUUGAUCAGUCAAAACCAUAUCAUUUAAAAUGGUCAAAAGAGCCCAAUUCAUAGCCAACAGAUCCUUUGAGAAGUGGCUUAUUUGAACCAAUGUCCUAAUGAACCAAUGUUUCUGAUAUGGGAUCAGUUGGUGCAGAGUGUGCUAGAGUCCACAGCUGUGAAGCAAUUGGUUUUAGGUCUCUUGUUGGCAAUUCCUCAAGAGAGAGCUCUGUAUCUGUAUGGUAUCAUCUCUAGAGGCAAUCAAUGACAGCAAGUCCUUCCUCAUAAGUUGUCAAAAUCUCAAGGAAAGUUAAUAAGCAGCUCUUCUCUCUCUGCUGUCAGUUGGUUGCACUUUGGGAACAGUUUACAUGCCCAGUUGCUGUAUUGGAAUAACUGCAUCAAAUGAAAUAGUGGAAACAGAAACCAAAAAAUGACGCAUUUAAAGGAAUAGGGGGAUGUUAGUGAGCUUGUGGAAAUGGGAAUGGGAAGAGAACAUUAAGCUACAGUUCAUUUUGUAUGUUCCUAUAAUUCCAUUUCUGUAAUAUUAUUUACACUGGAAAAUGAAGAUAUUUUUGUUGAGAUUGCACAUUUAUAUAAAAUAUAUUUAUUUACAACUUUCAAAAACAAUUUGAUUUUCAAAGGGAUUGCAGUUUUAUGGUAUUUAACCCUUUCCAUACUUAAAUAAUGUGAACAAAGUUAUUGAAAUCUUUAGAGAAACUUAAAUCUGCAAGAAAUGAAGAAAAACAAGAAAAAAACAAGCUCUGUAUUUGUACUGCAUAAAUCCUCCCUCAUAUCUAUAAUAUAUGAUACUUGUGCAUCAAUACACUACUGGACAUUUUUGAUGUAUAAUAUUUUGGUGUAGUUCAGUUAUUACAAAUGUACUUUUUUUCUCAAACAUACCUAAUGGAAGGAGACUCAGAUGUAGCAUCAGCAGAAGACACCAAGUCAACAUGAAUGAACUGGGUAAUUUAAUCUAUUUGAACUGUUUUUCUAAACAAAGAACAGAAAUGUACAUAUUAAUUGCAGUGAUGCAUUACUUGAAUAGUUGUAUUUUGGUUGUAUUUGCUGUCUGCUUUCUACCUUGUAUAUUAUUCACUAUCAUGUCUCUGAUUUUCGAAUGAAACUCUAGGGAUUGGGCAAGACAGGUUCAUGACAAUAAUCCUCAAAACCUUUAUGAGAUGUUGUUUCAUGGUCAGCUGGAAAUGUGGUGGGGUUUGGCUUUUGGGAGAGUUAAAAGUGAUUCUAAGCUGAACGGGAACAAGCUGAUGAUGUCCUUUAUUAAGUAUAAUCACAUAACUGAGAUUGCUAACUCUCACUCAGGUAUUUCCUUACCAUAAAUAAAACAGACAGAGUGCUUCAAAGACUUUGGACUAUAAAAAAUCUUCAAAAAGUCUACAUGAGAGUGAAAUUACAUUUAUUAACUGCUUAAAAAAUUCUUAGAAAUUGUGUUGUUUUGUGCUGUACUGCAAGCACAAUAUGGGAAAGAAGUAAUUUGUUUGCAGUAAGUCACCAUGCAUGGUAUGGCCUGAGAAGAAGCAUUUUAUAUGUCCAAUUUUUGCAUUUGAUUUGGAAUGUUUUGAUUUGUUAAGAGGGACACUGGGUGGAAGAGGGUGGGGGUUACUGUCUAGAAUUACAGGUGGUUUAGAGGUCCAACCAGUUUAUUAUAUUUCAUUUCCAUUCUGAAGAAGGAUCACCUGAUCCAAAACAUUACCUCUGCUUUCUUUCCACAGAUGCUGUCAAAUCUACUGAGUUUUUCCAGCAAUUUCUGACUUUGUUUCUAAUUUUUUUUCCAUUUUCUGUUUUUUGUUGGGCAGCCAGACUGUCAGAUGGGAAGGCUUGUGCUGGAGUAGAAUAUUCUAGUGAGUUUCUGGGUGGGACUGAGAACAUGAAAGGGUUGAACAGAUCACAGGUUGGAAGAUGGUUGAUAGAGGAAACAAGUUUGCUUUUGUUUUGGCUGGAGGGGGAACCUAUUCCUCUUGGCCCACAAGCUGUGCUGGAAAAACACUUUCCUGUUGGAUGCUAUCAUUCCUAUAUUUCUUCAGGUGCCAGCUUGGCCAAUUCCUGGGAGACUCAAUCCAUAGCUGUUAAAUCUUAUCACCUGUGAAAUUUUGAAGCAAAAUGUAAACAUUACCAGCAUAUUUAGCUUCUCAAGAGUUACUCUUCCCCAAAAUCACUUUGUCAAAAGUUAAUGUGGUGGCAUUUGGGCUGGCCACAUUGCCUUUCAGAUUUUUGAAAUUUCAACGCUGUCUCCUCCUGACCAUUUCCUCGUGUCAUGGGAGAUUAAAAUUUAAUCAGCCUGUGCCCACCUUCACAGCAUUUCCCAAACUUUAGAGACCCAGACUCUACUUCAUCCUUUCAGAAUCUCAUUUUCUCCAUGGCUUUCCAUGUGGUUAAUUUUAUCUGAUGCUCAAUGAUAAUAUACUUAGGGGGUAAUGGGUUUAAGCCCCAAUCCACAUUCCCUAGCGUAUACUUCAAUGCAGUACUAGGGACCACUUUUCAAAGAAAACAUUAACUGUUAUCCUCUCUCUGGAUGUCAGAGAUCCCAAGACACUGUUUCAAAGCAGGACCUGGAAGUUGUUUCUGUCCAAUGCAGUUUCCUCAACUGCCGUCACUAGCAAACAGAUUAUGUGGCCAUUAUUGAAUUGCCAGGUGUGACACUUGUCUAUGAACUGAUUGAUUGCUUUUCGGUGUGUGCUGCCUGUCAUGUCUUUAAAGUAUGUGGGCUCCUCAGGGGUUUUCAUGGCCUGCUGUGCACAAGGAUUGCCACUGUUUAAUCUAACAAAAGUCUUGUAGAGUAAAUAAAGAUAUAGACUAUUCCAUCUCUGCAAUUAUUUAUGGUUUGUAAAAGUAGGCUUUACAUUACUAGAAAGACUGGCAGGAUCUAGCCUUAGGUCUAUCUCCCACAAGACCCACUUUACUCUUCUACCAAGCCUCCAUAACAUCAUCACAGUGGGUGGUGCUUUUUGCUCUCAAAUAAGUACUAACCCUUUCAAACCCUAUGCAACAGCUGUCUUUCUGUUAUCUACAUUGAAAAAAUGUAUACACUUCAAAGGAGCACCCCAUUGGCUGUAUACCACACGGAAGCAUCCUGCAGUCAUGAGAUGCUCCUGAUAAGUGCAAAUCUUUCUUAAUUUCCUCUUUCUUUUGUUAAAUCCACAGGUUCAUCUGGUUUGUUGUGGGGGGUGAGGGGGGGUUGGGUGUGGGCCAGUCAACAGAAAUAAGGUACUGCCCAGAUAAGAAGUACAAAAUGAAUCAAAUUUCUUUGCCCGGUUAUUGAGUGGCCUUGGUAGAGGUCACAGGUAAACCAGAUGUUCAUAUUUCCAAACAGGGAAUAGCGUAAGAUAUGGGAAAUUUUAACAGGGAUGUAGGUAGGAUGCAGCAUGGAAUAAGAGUCCAAUAAGAAGAUAAAACAGAUAAUCUUGGAGUUUUAGAAGAAGUUUUAAAAUAACCAAUACAUAAAAAUCUGGUUUAAGAUGUGUUUUAAAACUGAAAUGUGUAUUGUGGGUUUGUAUUUUUACUUGCACUGAGCUCAAAGCACAGUGAAGCAUGCACUUACCUGUCAUAUCAGACAAAACACCAGUAGUUCCCAGUACAGAAUGGAAGUUAUUGAAUAAUUGACAAUUUGACAUUUUGAACUUACCCCAAAUUUGGGAGUGAAACCAAUGAGAGUAGUGAGUGUAAUCAUGCUUGGGCUGUGAGUUUGAUUUAUAUGAAAUAGAGAAAUGGGUUCUGGCCAUUUUUCUUUGCAGCUUGAGUGGUAAGAUGAUUAACUGGACUGCCCACUUUGUUAUAGAUUCCAUUCCAUUUUGAAAGCUACCUCAAUUGGUUCAUUCCUAAGGUCAGGAUUUUACAUUUUGCAGCUCGAGGGUGAGGGAGGAAGUGUUCAGUGGUGACAAGAAUAUUUACUGGAUUACUUCCCAUCAGCUUGUUAAGAGCUGACCAGUGAGCUCCUUGGCAAGUCCCGGAUCCGGAGUCUGGGAAGCUCUUGACCAAUCAGAGUCAAGUAGCUUCUUGGUCUUAGAGAUGGUUGCUGGGGACAGUCUAGACUUCAACUGAUCUAAUGGUGAGAUAGCGUCUUUUUCUUUCUGGUAAGGUGGGUUUUGGGGAUCAUUGGAAAGGCUUGGUGGCUUUCAGCAAUCAGCCCCUUUCCCACGAUCUUGUCCCUGAUUGAGAAAAAUAGAGGUCUGCUCUCCCCUCAUUCUAACAGGGGAGCCACUUCUCCCAAGGAGGCAGCUAAUUGAACCAGUAGUGAAUUAAGGCCUGAAAUAUACCGGCCACUGCAGCAGACAGCUGGAACUGACAACCGGAAGCGGCAGGUACAAAUCACUAUAAAUG